UUUGAAAUAGGUCAAGAUGGCGGCCGAGGUUGAAAGUUUGGAAAAUAUUCUUGAAAAACAUGUUCCUGCAGAUGAACUGAAGGAAGUAUUCCGUAUAUUGUACGGCAGGCAGUUGGAGCCACUUAACUUCUCAGAAGCAGCUACCAAAUUAGCCACUGACAGAAAAGUUGAGCUGAAGGGAUAUGCAUUUGCAAAGGCUCCUAUGCAAACUGUAGCAGCUAGGAUUGUAAGGGUUGGAGCCAUCCAGAACAAGAUUGUGCUGCCUACGACUGCCCCGAUACAAGAACAGUUGGAAUCCCUACAUAGACGCCUUGGUGAGGUGAUAGAUAUUGCUGGCGAGAGUGGAGUAAAUGUCCUCUGCCUACAAGAAGCAUGGACGAUGCCCUUUGCAUUCUGCACACGAGAGAAACAACCAUGGUGUGAAUUCGCUGAAUCAGCAGAAAAUGGUCCAACUACCAAACUUAUGCAAGAGUAUGCUAAGAAGUAUAACAUGGUAAUCGUGUCUCCAAUACUGGAGAGAGAUGAGAUUCAUGGUGAAACUCUUCAUAAUACAGCAGUUGUCAUCUCUAACACUGGUGCCGUGCUAGGGAAAUCCAGGAAGAACCAUAUACCAAGGGUGGGAGAUUUUAAUGAGUCAACAUAUUAUAUGGAAGGUGACACAGGGCACAAAGUAUUCCAGACUCAGUUUGGUAAAAUAGCUAUUAAUAUAUGCUAUGGUAGACAUCACCCUCAGAACUGGAUGAUGUAUGGGAUCAAUGGGGCAGAGAUUGUCUUUAACCCCUCAGCAACAGUAGGUGCUCUCAGUGAGCCAAUGUGGGGCAUUGAAGCUAGAAAUGCAGCAAUCGCCAAUAGUUACUUUACUGUUGCAAUUAACCGUGUAGGAACAGAACACUUUCCAAAUGAAUUUACCUCAGCGAAUGGCCAACCGGCUCAUAAAGACUUUGGACAUUUCUAUGGUACAAGCUAUGUAGCAGCCCCAGAUGGCAGUAGAACACCAGGUUUAUCAAGGACAAUUGAUGGCCUUCUCGUCACUGAGAUGGAUCUAAACUUGUGCCGCCAAGUUAAGGAUACUUGGGGACUCAGGAUGACACAACGUCUUCCCCUUUAUGCGGAAUCCCUCGCUGAAGCUAUCAAACCUGACUAUCAGCCACCUAUUGUCAAGGAAUAGAACUAAUAUUUUCACCAGACUAUGGACGAGUGGACCAAAAACAUGAGGACUUAAAUCACUCAAAGGAAAGGGAGUGUACCUCCUAUAUACUGCUGCUGAUAAUUAAAACAGUGAGAUUAAAGACUAAAUCAUGACUAGGCUGCUUAGUGAAUAGGAUUUGCAAUAUAUAAAAUUUGUGCAAUUUAUGUCACCACCAGUUACUGUGUUCUGGUUAAUGAAUAUUUAUUAUUUACCAUAUACAAUAGUGAUUUAUUACAUUAGUGCUUAGUCAAGGAUGAAGUCCCUGGACAUCCAUAUUAUAGAGUUGAGGUACGUUGGGGUCAAAAGGUCAAGUUGAAUGUAUGAUCAUUAAUUAUAUUUAACAAUAUAAUGAAAUUAAGGCCAAUAUGAGCCUUUAUUAUUUGAACUUUUGAAACAGAGACACUUCAGGGUUUCAGAUAAGGCAGUCUUUGAGAUCUAGCAAAAGUGUGCCAAAAUUAAGCAAUUUCCAUAAUGGUCAAACCACAGGAACUUGAGGCAGAACUUAUUGGUGCUAUAUGUAGGAAAUGUGCCUUCAUUUUAAUGUGUGAUUAUGAAUGUUAUUUAACAAAAUAAUGAAAUAUCCCUUGUAGUUUUUAGCUCACAUGGUGAGCUUUUGCAAUCACUCAC